AUGUCCAGUCCUCCACCUCCAAACCCUGACGCCCCUUUCACGGGAGCAGCCCGCUCCGUUGACCGACGCGGGCUUGUGAUUAUCAUUUGGGUCUGCUUCACUGUGGCCACGCUUUUCGUUUCUUUGCGGCUCUUUGUUCGUUGGCGUCAGAAUCGACGGUUCCUUGCCGAUGACUACUGGAUCGCAUGGGCUUGGACUUGUACCUUGACUAUGGCCAUUUUGCAGACUGAGCAGAUGGAUUCCCUGUGGUACCUGACGUACCUUCAGGCUGGUCGCAUUGCCUACGAUCCGAAAGAGCUUGCACGACAGCGCACUGAAAUCAGCAAAUGGCAAUUUCCAAUCAUUAAGAUGUUUUGGAUCGUCUUGUGGUCUGUGAAAGCGAGUUUCCUGUCGCUCUUUUACAGGCUAGUACAGCCUUUUCCCAUCAUCCGUCGCUUGUGGUACUGCGUGGCGGUUUUCACAGCCUUAUCACUUACCGUCUGCAUUAUCUGCAGCGCACUUACAUGCAGCCCCCCUUCGCGCUACUUCAACAGUGCCUGCGAUACCCCUCAAGAGCAAUGGCGACAAACUUUCAACGUCAUAUUCUCCACGGCCGUCGAUGUCUCCUCCGAUCUGAUGAUUAUGGCACUACCGAUCGCAGUCCUUCCAUCACUACAACUUGACAAGAAGAAAAAGAUCGGUCUUGGUGUCGCCUUUUCACUGGGUAUUAUAAUCAUCUGCGUAGCUGUCAUACGCAUGUCGCAGGUCAUUGUCGGCAAACAGGUUGAUCUUGUUGGAUUGGCAAUCUGGGGUGCUGUAGAAACCGCCACAGCUCUUGUUGUGGGUUCUUUACCGGCACUCAAAGGACUACUCUCGCGUGGCAUCAAGAAAUACACCUCCUCGAGAAGUGGGAGAACGGAUCCUACUGAUUACGACAGCCGUGAUUCCCAGCGCCGGCGCGGCCAAGGCUCAGCAUUGACUCCACGGGCUAUAAUGGUGUCUGACUGUAUUCCUUUGGACGACAUGCAUCAGAGCGGCCAGGUUGACGGAGGCAUAUAUGUACAAAAGACUUUCGAUAUGGGAAUGGAGAGGGAUGAGACCUCGUCGAGAGAUGAGGAUGACGAGGCGGCUAUUGUUAAGUCGAGAGUGAAAUAG